AAAUAAGCUCCGGUAUCGUUUCAUUUCGCUUUCCAAGAUGGAAAAGAUUAAUGUUGUUGGGUAUCUGGCUACUGUUACUUUAUUGCUUUAUUCUUCAACUAUCAAAAAUUGGGGCGUUGGAGCUGCCAAAUAUGAAACCUCCAGUAAUGGAUCAGAAGAAUGUGGCUAUGUUCAAGUCAGGCCAGGAGCGCAUAUGUUCUGGUUGCUUUACAAAAGUCCAUAUAGAGUUUUAAAUUCACAAAAACCAUGGCCAACAAUUCUCUGGUUGCAGGGUGGACCUGGAGCUUCUGGAGUUGCCAUUGGCUCUUUUCAAGAGAUUGGUCCUCAAAAUGUUUAUAUGAAACCAAGAAAUUCAACAUGGUUGAAAAAGGCAGAUCUACUUUUUGUGGU